UCUACUCACGAGUCUGGUGGCGAGUUACACGUCGUUCUCUUCAACCGGUCGCAUCCCGAGCCUCCGGAGGUUGAGCACAUCUUGAAUCGCCUGGACCUUACAACCGAACAUACCGAUGUUGUCUACACCUUCAACAACUCGCAGUUUCGUGGCUUUGCUGCCUACAUGAAAGAACACUGUAUAAAGGCGCUAAAUGACAUGGUUGAGAUUGGUACCGUUGAGCAAUCCUUCCGGAUGAAAGCUCUCGACGUCACAACUCGCCCAAGCUCGCCUUGGGGCCUGCAGCGCAUCUCUAGCACUUCCCAGGUCUCUGGAGACACCAAAGACGCCCUCAAUUUCACCUAUUCGUACGAGGGAAACGAGUUGGGCAAGGGCGUCGAUAUCUACGUCGUUGACACAGGUGUCUACGUCGACCAUAUGGUCUUCGGCGGCCGCGCGGUCCACGGUUGGACCGGCUUCCCGGAACAAAACCGUUCGAAUACUGGCUGGGAGUACCCCCUUGGCGACCACACUGACGGUAAUGGCCAUGGCACUCACGUUGCUGGCACCGCUGGCGGCUCAAAUGUGGGCAUUGCCUCCGGAGCUAACAUUAUUGCCGUUCGUGUCCUCGAUGAGAGCGGUGGUGGCAACUCUGAGAACACCUAUGCGGGCAUUGAUUGGGUCAUCAAUCGGCACGACAAGCGCAAGACAGAGCCCGAUUUUGUGGGCAGCGUACUCAGCAUGUCGUUCGGCAUGUCAAUCAUCAACAAAACUAUCACCGACCAUAUCAUAUACGCUACCGAGGCUGGUAUCCACGCUUCCGUCGCAUCCGGCAACGAAGGUGGCAACUCCUGUGACUACACUCCCUCAAAUGCUGGCGGAGCCGGUAGCAAUGUUGUCUCCGUUGGUAGCAUCGGUAUUUCGGACGAGAUCUCUUCAUUCAGCAACACUGGCAAGUGCACCGAUAUCUUCGCCCCUGGUGAGGAUGUCCUGUCCUCCUGGAUAGACCUUAAGAAUGGUACGACCAACAAACUUCAGUACAAGAGUGGCACCAGCAUGGCGUGUCCUCAUGUAACUGGUAUCAUGGCCUACUUAGCUGCCAAGAACAGCACAUUGGCACAUGAUCCUGCCGCCAUGAAAACGUACCUGACUACUACUGCGAUU